UUCCACCUCUGCAACCUCACCCCACAUUUUAUCCCCGCACUUUAGCCCUGGUCAGCAAAUUUUAUCCUUCCACCCUCCCCUGCCCCCAUCAGCAAUGCAUGUACGGUAUUACCGUAAUAGCAGCCAGGCCCUGGCCAGCACCCGCCCCUCCGGAUGCCCCUGAUACCCCUCAGGUGGGGCGUUUGAUGAAAACGAAACCGAAACGCUCAGAGAACGAAAGCGUUGUUUGUUUGCGGUGUCGAAUAACAUUCCGAUGUCAGCAUGUCAUCUGAAGAGGACUAUUCUUUAGUAUCUGAGAUUGGCCUGGAAUCUCCGUCUUCUCUAGAGGAAAUCGGACAGGAGAUAGAAAAUCACAAGGAAAAACACAGGCAGCUGAUUGCUGACCAGGAGGAGAUUUCUAAGGCCAUAGAAGCUUCGAAGCACUUCGCUGAUGAGUUUCGCCAGCGUGCCAUCAGUCAAGGGAAGAUGCAGCUGGAGGACGAGCAGGAGCAAGCCAAGCAUCGCGACGUUCUCCAGGGCAGACUGCUCCUUCUGCAGCAGGAGUCGUCCAGGCUGGAAGAAGAAGAACUGAAGGCCAUGCAGGCACUGCAUGGUUUGGAAGAGAUGAUUGGCAUUGCUCGACAAGAGACGCAAUUGCCCACUGCUGCACCUGAGAAGAAUGUCAUUUUCACUGGAGCCGUCAGUGAUGAGGAGGUCUCAUGUAAUUUUGACAUCAAGCCCCGUAUUUUAUACCCAAUGGAUGGCGGCACAGCACUAUUAACCUUUGAAGAAGAGGAAGUGGCAGAGAAGAUCAUGAGCCUGAAGCAGCAUGAGGUCACUCUGGGGGAGUGCUUCAUCAGAUUACAGGCUGAGCCUGUGUGGGUCCUGCAGCCCAGUCGCAUAGAGGUGAGCACCUACAUUUGCCCGAAGCGCAUUCUGGUGUCUAACCUGCCGACGACUGACACGAGCCGCACACUGGACAAGCUGGAAAUUCACUUCUCCAAGAGUCGCAACGGAGGUGGGGAAGUGGAGGCUGUCGAGUUCCUGCAAGACUCCAGCAAUGUCGUCAUCACGUUCGUGCAGGACUCUGUUGCUAAGGCUUUGACUGACCGUCUUUCCCACGACGUGGAUUUUGGAACUGGGAGGAAGCAAAGAGUGCAUGUAAACCCUUUUAUGAACGGGGAGAUCACAGCCUUGAAGACGCGCGUCUCCAAAUCGAUACGCACUGUGCUGCUGUCUGGCAUCCCCACCGUCAUGGAGCAGGAAGACCUGCAGGACCACUUGGAGAUCCACUUCCAGAAGGCCAUCAACGGAGGUGGUGAGAUUGAUGCCAUCACCUACAACCCCCUUGGCCAGCGCAAGCUGGCUGUCUUCCUGGAGGACUGUCCAAGUCCAUGAUCUACCAGUAGAAGUGACCUAGUUGGGUAACAAGCAUUUUACCCUAGAACAAGUAGGUACAGAAAAUGCUUGGAUGGAUAUUUUAAAAUUCAGUUCAAUUGAACUGUUCGGAAGUCAUCGUUUGUUAGGGUCUCCAGUUUAUGGCAUGAUACUCUUCAAUCCCAACAAAGAUGAUAGACAAUAUUUUCCCCCUUGCUCUUAGCUUUGAUUUAGUGGCCGUCCUUAACGCAUCACUUUAUAAUGGGGUGUAAGAUACUGUGUCCUGCUACUAUAUUAAGAUAUAUGCAUAUUUAGUGCCUGCUGUCCGAGCCAAAUACUACUUUUGUUAUCUAUUCACUCAUGUUUUGGUUUCUUUUUGCCUGUAGCCCAGUUCUGUCUGUGCAACUUUAUAAAAGCAUCUUGUGUUACUGGGCAUGAAGGAGCUGGACUUCGUUUUAUGUGGAAGUUGAGAAUGCUAGCCAAUAAUAAAUGGUUUUCAAGAUAAAUAUUAAAAUAUUUGUUUUUGGAAUUUCCACUUAACUCGAGGAAUAUUUUUAGAGAAUUUCUGAGCAUUUCUUCUUGCAUGACAAAUUCAAUGUUAAAUGUUUCUUUUUUGCUUUCUCUGUAAGAGAUGUUGUUCAGAAAUAACUCCUCCUAUCACUGAAGCACAAAUUCUUGAUUAUACAUGAAUAAUCUAUGAAUAAAUGAAUAUGGUAGUUUUGA